GGAGGGCGUCUUGUUGUCACAUGACAGAGUGGGAGGAGCGAAUUGAGCAGCAGAGGGAGAGUGGGCCCAGUCUGCGCGUCGCUGUGGCCGGAACGGAAGCUGAGGGUCGGCCAUGCCUACAACUCAGCAAUCCCCUCAAGAUGAGCAAGAGAAGCUCCUGGAUGAAGCCAUUCAAGCUGUCAAGGUCCAGUCUUUCCAAAUGAAGCGAUGUUUGGACAAAAACAAGCUUAUGGAUGCUUUGAAACAUGCCUCGAAUAUGCUCGGUGAGCUGCGGACCUCCAUGCUGUCUCCAAAGAGCUACUAUGAACUCUAUAUGGCCAUCUCUGAUGAGCUGCAUUACCUGGAGGUGUACCUGACGGAUGAAUUUGCCAAGGGAAGGAAAGUAGCUGAUCUUUACGAACUGGUCCAGUAUGCCGGAAACAUCAUCCCACGGCUCUAUUUACUCAUAACUGUGGGGGUUGUUUACGUGAAGUCAUUCCCUCAGUCCAGGAAGGACAUCUUGAAAGAUUUGGUGGAAAUGUGUCGUGGUGUCCAGCAUCCUCUGAGAGGCCUGUUUCUUCGCAACUACCUCCUUCAGUGCACAAGAAAUAUUUUGCCAGAUGAUGGAGAACAGACAGAUGAAGAAAUGACUGGGGACAUCAGUGAUUCCAUGGACUUUGUGCUGCUGAACUUUGCCGAGAUGAAUAAGCUCUGGGUGCGAAUGCAGCAUCAGGGCCACAGCCGCGACAGGGAGAAGCGGGAGCGCGAGAGGCAGGAACUGAGGAUCUUGGUGGGCACCAACCUGGUCCGCCUGAGCCAGCUGGAAGGUGUCAACGUGGAGAGAUACAAGCAGAUAGUUUUGCCCGGCAUAUUGGAACAAGUUGUGAACUGCAGGGAUGCUUUGGCUCAAGAAUAUCUCAUGGAAUGUAUUAUACAGGUUUUCCCAGAUGAAUUCCACCUCCAGACCUUGAAUCCUUUUCUACGCGCAUGUGCAGAAUUACACCAAAACGUGAAUGUGAAAAAUAUCAUUAUUGCCUUAAUUGAUAGGCUCGCUCUCUUUGCUCACCGAGAGGAUGGACCAGGCAUCCCAACUGAUAUAAAACUUUUUGACAUCUUCUCCCAGCAGGUUGCCACUGUCAUACAGUCUCGGCAAGACAUGCCUUCGGAGGAUGUGGUAUCGUUACAAGUCUCUCUUAUUAACCUGGCUAUGAAGUGUUACCCAGAUCGGGUCGACUAUGUAGACAAAGUAUUAGAGACAACAGUGGAAAUAUUCAACAAGCUCAACUUGGAACACAUUGCUACAAGCAGUGCUGUUUCCAAGGAACUCACGAGGCUCCUGAAGAUCCCGGUCGACACGUACAACAACGCCCUGACCGUCUUGAAACUGAAACACUUCCACCCGCUGUUUGAAUACUUUGACUAUGAAUCCAGGAAGAGCAUGAGUUGCUAUGUGCUUAGCAAUGUGCUGGAUUACAACACGGAAAUUGUCUCCCAAGACCAGGUGGAUGCUAUAAUGAACCUCGUCUCGACGCUGAUCCAGGACCAGCCUGACCAGCCGGCUGAAGACCCUGACCCUGAGGAUUUUGCUGAUGAGCAGGGCCUUGUGGGCAGGUUUAUUCACCUCCUUCGGUCAGAUGAUCCCAAUCAGCAAUACCUGAUUUUAAAUACUGCUCGGAAACAUUUCGGCGCUGGCGGAAACCAGCGUAUUCGUUUCACGUUGCCGCCGUUGGUUUUUGCUGCAUACCAGCUUGCGUUUCGCUAUAAGGAAAAUGCUAAAGAGGAUGACAAAUGGGAAAAGAAAUGCCAGAAGAUCUUCACGUUUGCACACCAGACAAUCAGUGCUCUGAUCAAGGCGGAGUUGGCAGAGCUUCCGCUGCGGCUUUUCCUCCAAGGAGCUUUGGCAGCCGGGGAAAUUGGGUUUGAAAACCAUGAAACGGUGGCCUACGAGUUCAUGUCCCAGGCAUUCUCUCUGUAUGAAGACGAAAUCAGUGACUCAAAGGCGCAGCUGGCCGCAAUCACCUUGAUAAUUGGGACGUUUGAGCGCAUGAAAUGCUUUGGCGAGGAGAACCAUGAGCCCCUGCGGACUCAGUGUGCUCUGGCGGCCUCCAAGCUGCUGAAGAAGCCGGAUCAAUGCCGAGCGGUCAGCACCUGCGCCCAUCUCUUCUGGUCUGGCCGGAACACAGACAAGAACGGGGAAGAGCUUCACGGAGGGAAAAGAGUCAUGGAGUGCUUGAAAAAAGCCUUAAAGAUAGCAAAUCAGUGCAUGGAUCCUUCUCUCCAAGUUCAGCUCUUCAUAGAAAUCCUGAACAGAUAUAUCUACUUCUACGAGAAGGAGAACGAUGCGGUGACAAUUCAGGUUUUGAAUCAGCUUAUACAAAAAAUCCGGGAAGACCUUCCAAACCUCGAGUCGACGGAGGAAACGGAACAGAUUAACAAACACUUUCACAACACCCUGGAGCACUUGCGCCUGAGGAGGGAGUCGCCGGAGUCCGAAGGGCCGAUCUACGAAGGGCUGGUCAUUUAAGAAGACUGCUCUGGAGCAGUCGGUUGCUAAUCCAAGUGGUUAUCUUUCCAUUUUACAUCAAAGUCCAUGAGUUUUGUUUUGUUUUGUUUUUUAAUCGUCCUCAUUAUGCUAGAUUUCAUAGAUUUGUGCCUUUUGGAAGUGCCAAGCUCGGCCGUUUGCUCUCCUUUCCAUGUGAAUCUGCAAGCCGUCUCCCUGCUGCGUUUCCAAACGUUUAACAUUGGCUACGUCUACCAAAUUCUACAGUUUUGGACCAGCAGAAAGUUAGCACGACUGAAGCCAUUCUUCUUAAAACUCAUGUGACGUGUAACUAUCUUUUUUUUCCUCCUUUGAUUUCUUUCUGUUGCUUUUCUCUCGCUUCAUCUUCCCCGUCAAGCCCUUCAAUGUCUAGCCUGGCUUUCCAUCUGCUGCAAGUGUUCUAGGUGUGUCUGUCAGUGUGUGCGUUCGGUUCAUCUUUGCAGGCAACUUUUCAGUUUCCUUGUCUUUCUUUGGAAAAGAAACUGCCGGAUUCUUAACCCAUUCCCAUAACUGGAAUAUAUUAAUGCAUGUUUUUGGAGUUGUAAAGCACCAUGCUCAAACCAAGAGAGAAAGUAAAAAUAAAAUAAAUAAAAUGAAACCCAGAAACUAUAUUUUGCAUAUGGGGGCUCUGUGACACUCGGUAAAAGGGCCACUUAAUGUCUUUAUCAAGAUGAUUUUUUUGUUUUUCCGCAUAGUAUUAAGAAGACAAAGAAGAGGAGGGAAAAAAAGUAAUAGAUUGUGGUCUAUAUAGUAUAUGUAUAACCUUCAUUACUGUAAAAUUAGGGGGGAAAUGCAUUACACUGUUCUACUUCCUUAUCAUGACUUUGCACCAGUGAAACAAUAAAAUUGCUAUUAACAA